AGCCAUGCGUCAUGAAUUAAUUUUGUAUUUUUGGCGCACUGUCAUUCAGAUGAAAACUCGAUUUUCGCUGAGCUUUCCUCAAAAUCCACCUUUUUUUCCUGCAAAAUCAUGGCUGCUGCUGUGGACCCACGACUGAGACAACUCAAGAUAAAAACAGGGAUAGUGAAACGGCUUGCAAAGGAAAAGACAAUGUAUGAAAAGGAAGUUGUGGACCAGGGAAAGAAAGUUGAGAACAUGAUAGCAGAAAACCAGGAUGAGCAUGAUAUAAAAAAGCAGAAAGAGGUUCUUGAAGAAUCAAGAAUUAUGAUUCCUGAUUGCAAGAGGAGAUUGAAGACAGCUUAUCAAGAUCUUUCUAAUCUUGCGGCUGAAUGCGAAAAAGACUUAAGUGACAAAGAGGAUUAUAUUCAGGCCAAACAAAUGUUGGAACAAACUGUCUUAGAAGACUGACUUGGAUACCAGACUGAUCCUAAUUAAUGGAUGAACAGUUUAUCUCUAGCAUGUAGCUGUUCAUCACAGUAGCAGACAUGUACUGUGGUGUGUUGAUUUGAUUUUAAUUGAAUUGUUAUGAGAAAAGUACAAAGUACAGUAUUGUACAGUGUGCAGGCUUUUUGGUGAAUUCUGGAACCCAGAAGAAUCUAAAACAGGGAUUUCAUGUUGCUCCUUUAAGGCCUAUUUUCACAGGCAGAGAAAAGAAGGAAUGGAGCAGUACCUUCUUCACUUUCUUCACACUGAUUUUUGCACAAACUUAAGCACUUCAUCCCUGUUCCUUCUCCAUCUGUGUUUCCUUUCCUAGUGAAAAGGCUGCUGUAAAAAAACCAUCACUCUGCAAAUUUAGAGAGAGAUAGAGAAAGAGACAAGUAUUUUUAUUGAGGGUUGGCACUUUUAAAGAUAUUAAAAUAUCUUUAGAGAAUUUACAUCCAUCCCUGUUAUAGCAAAAUGUAGAGAAUAAGAACUAUUUACAAUAAGAAUCAAGGUUAAGGAGUUACAGGAUGGUGUGUUUAAUUGCACUAAUAAAGGAUGUCGGGGGUUUUUAAUUUGUUUUACUAAUGUGGGGAGAGGGUUCCAGUUUUUCUUGCAGCACUAAAAGAGGAUAGUUUUUUUUUUUUUUUUUUUUUUUUUUUUUUGCCAAGCCUCCAAUUACAGUGUUAGAGUUGCAGCUCUGUGUUUGCUUUUCUUGUAUUUCUUCCACGAUCCCUAAGAAUUGUACUAGUUUAUUUCUCAUUUAGUCAGGUGUAAGGUCAUUCAAUGUCUCAAAUACCAUAACAAAUUCCGCUUUACCCCGUAGGAAAUGGCACUAUGUCAAGUUCAUAAAAAAAAAACUCAGUCUGCACAUUGCAUAUUUAAGACAAGUAAAUGAAUGGAAUAUACUUUCAAUUAAGGUGUCACUAUGAAAGUAUCAAUAAUUUUAUCAGUAGAUUCCAAAUGUGUAAAGUAAUAAAGAGUUGACUUAG